AUGGACGACGCCGACGUAACAACCCCGAGAAAGCGACCUCGCCAGCUUAGACAGAGCGAAGAUGUUGAACUCACUCAGCCUCCUCCGCGGCGCACUGCGAGAGCUUGCUCUACUUCCUCCAGUAGCCAAGCCUCACUCCAAUCGCGUUCGCCUUCGCCCCUCAAGAGACAACUCAUGGCGCUGCGCCUCGAUGAAUGUGGCCUUGAGUUCAGGCAGCUUCAGAUUGAUGAGCCACCUAUUCCUGCGGUCAUUGAUCUGUUUUCUGACCUUCGCGACAUCGGUAAUGGUAUCGAGAUCCUUCCAGAAGAUCUGCGUAUCUCCAUUACGAACGGCCUAUCGAUCAGCGGGCCGACUGCUCACGCGUGGCGAUUCUCUUUUAGAGCAGAUUCUUUAUGUGACUUGCCUUGCUGUAUUCCUUCUCCGGAGGCUAUUAUUUUGGUGCGUGAGUGGGCUAAGAAAUGCCAUGAAUCUGAACACGAGGAGGCGGCUUAG